AAGAAACCUUCUGCCUCCAUCUGGAGGUGUGUGGCUUUGCUGGCCCGGACUGGGGACUGAAGGAAGACCUAUCAGGACCCAGCCUUCUGUCUGAGCCUGAGCUAGGACCCCCUCCUGGGGACCCCCCAGCUUCCUUCAGCUCUCACCCGCCUAGGAAUUUGCAAGAGCCAAAGGGAGGGAGCUGCCAGCCAGGUGCAGCUGAGAACACCGGAACCAUGACCAGCAGUCACCAGCCUCAGGACAGGUAUAAGGCAGUGUGGCUUAUCUUCUUCGUGCUGGGCCUGGGGACAUUGCUCCCCUGGAAUUUUUUUAUCACAGCAACUAAGUAUUUCACAAGCCGCCUGAACCUGCCCCAGAAUACGUCCUUGGUCGCUGACAAGUUGAGCAAGGACAAUGAGGCCUUGGCUAACGGCACAGUGUCCUUGCCAGAACAGCACCUCAGUAAAAUCUUCAAUAAUGUCAUGACCCUGUGUGCCAUGUUGCCCCUGCUGCUCUUCACCUGCCUCAACUCUUUCCUGCAUCAGAGGGUCUCUCAGUCUGUCCGGAUCUUGGGCAGCCUGGUGGCUAUCCUGCUCACGUUCCUCCUCACUGCUAUCCUGGUGAAGGUGGAGAUGGAUGCUCUGUCCUUCUUCGUCAUCACCAUGAUCAAGAUCGUGCUCAUUAAUUCGUUCGGUGCCAUUUUGCAAGCCAGCCUCUUUGGUUUGGCUGGAGUCCUGCCGGCCAACUACACAGCCCCAAUCAUGAGUGGCCAGGGCCUGGCUGGCUUCUUCAGCUCGGUGGCGAUGAUCUGUGCCAUUGCCAGUGGGUCUGAGCUGUCAGAAAGUGCGUUUGGCUAUUUCAUCACAGCUUGUGCAGUUGUCCUUUUGGCUAUCGCGUGUUAUCUGGCUCUGCCUCGGAUGGAAUUCUAUCGCUAUUACCUGCAGCUCAACCUUGAGGGGCCUGCUGAGCAGGAGACCAAGUUGGAUCUCAUCAGUAAAGGCGAGGAUCCAAGAGGAGGAAGAGAGGAACCUAGGGUGCCAGCCCCCAACUCUCCACCCACCAGCAGAAACCACUCUAUCAAAGACAUACUUAAGAGUAUCUGGGUUCUGGCUCUGUCUGUCUGCUUCAUCUUCAUGAUCACCAUUGGGCUGUUCCCUGCCGUGACUGCUGACGUGGAAUCCAGCAUUGCAGGCGAUAGUGCCUGGAAAGACUAUUUCAGUCCUGUGACUUGUUUCCUGAAUUUCAAUGUCUUUGACUGGCUAGGCCGGAGCCUCACAGCUGUUUGCCUUUGGCCUGGGAAGGAUAGCUUCUGGCUGCCGGUUCUGGUGGUCGCCAGGAUCAUCUUCAUCCCCCUGCUAAUGCUGUGUAAUGUGAGGCAUCACCAUUACCUGCCUGCGGUCUUCACGCAUGACGCCUUGUUCAUCGCCUUCAUGGCCGCCUUUGCCUUCUCCAAUGGUUACCUUGCCAGCCUCUGCAUGUGCUUCGGGCCCAAGAAAGUCAAACCAACCGAGGCGGAGACAGCAGGAAACAUCAUGUCUUUCUUUCUGUGUCUGGGCCUGGCCCUGGGAGCUGUAUUGUCUUUCUUGUUAAAGGCGCUUGUGUGACCAUGUGGGAAGGAACAGAAGGACUGCGCUGCCUGCCUGCUU